UCCUCUCGGAGCAACAAGAGCAAGCGUCCUUGAGAAUCUUCCUGCUUUGGGAUACUUCAAUGAACAUCAAUGGACUUUUCCACGUCAGCAAAACGUUAAGAUGAUCGACGCCCUUCUAGCGAUGAACAAUCUCAGCAUAGUGAAUGCCAUCGACGAGCUGGGAACUAUCUGCCGGGACUUUAUCUUGGUUUGCUAUUGGGCGGGUAGAAAGUUCCCCUGCUUCGAUAAACAUGAGUUCUUCAGCUGGAUAGACUCUACUAGUCAUUAUGGAGCGUGCUGCUCGUUCAACUAUCAUCCCAGUGUGCAGGAAACUAUUACUCCAUUUGCUGUGAACACAUUUGGAGUCCAUGGUGGAUUGAGUGUUAUAGGAACUGGAUAUCCACAAGCAUCGGACGGUAAAUCGGGAGCCUUGUACUCGGAAGGAUUCAUGCUGAUGAUUCAUCAUCCUCAUGACUUCGCAGUGGAAUCCGCACCUCUGACACUUUUGAAGCUUGGAACGGAAACCUUCAUCAGUGUAUCGCCAACAGAUUCUCGCUGUUCGUCACAGGUUCUAGUACUGCCGCAGUCGCAGCGAUCCUGCAUUAUUGGCAAAGAUUUUCCUGUUCCAAUCGAAAAUUACCGUCAGCCUGCCUGUACUCUGGAGUGCCUACGAAACGAGGUUCACCGGAAGUGCGAUUGUCAUCCUUAUCAUCUACCUCGUCAGUCACAGAUUCCGGAGAACAUCAAACCUAUACGAGGAUGCACAGUCUUUGAUUCGCUGUGCCUGAUUGACAAUUUUUCAAAUUUGGGAGGUGCUUUCAGUCUGUGCUUAGGAAUGAGUAUUAUCUCGCUGGUUGAAGUGCUGUUCUACAUAUUCCUGCGAUUCUAUAGGAUCCAACAAAAACUGCAAAAGCAGGCGAAGGAAAAGCAAAUUAAAUUGGUACAACCCUUAGCGGCGCUGCAGAGAUUUCCCAAGAAGGAGCAAUUGUUGAACCAAAAAAUUUCGGCAUUCGAAUAG